GACAGGCACAGGGACAGUGACAGGGGGCUGCAGCAGGAGUGGGAGGCGGGGGAGCGAUGGGGGAGUCGGGUCUCCUCGUGGAGGAGCUGCUGGCUCUUUGUCUCCAGAGGAUCACCAUGGAGGAGAAUGCCGCCAAUACUGAGCACGAGUUUGUCGACAUGUUGAGGAACUUCGAGGCAGUCAGGAAGCGCUGGCUGCUCGCCGAGCUCGAGUUGAAGAAAUACAAAGAGCUGCUGGUCAAGUCCGACGUGGCCAAAGCCGCUCUGGAGGUCAAACUGAAGCACGCCAGAAACCAGCUGGACGUGGAGAUGAAGAAACGCUACAAGAUCGAAGGAGACUACCAGUACCUGCAGAGGCAGAUGCAGCUGAUGUGUGACAUCCUGGUCCAUGACAGUAAAUCCAGCGCCUGUCUGAAUGAUGAGCAGAAAUCUCUCCUGGCGACAUUCGAACACAAAGGAGCAAACGUGACUCUGCAGCGCAGCAGCAAACGGUUGUGUGUGAUCGACGAGUCAUCCUUCCUGUCUCACUCUGACAUCAGCUACGAUCGGACAGACGAUGACGUGGAUGUGGACACCAGUGUGAUCAAACCGCUGAGAUCUCGAGCCAGAGAGAAGAGGCGCUCGUCGAUGGGACCGACCGGCGGCACUGCAGCAGGGAGGCGAGCGAAGAGCGGGAAUGUUUCUGCAGAGCUGUCGGAGAGAAAAACUGUGGUGGAAGAAGAGGUGGAGGCGACAGUGAAGGCAUCGGUGAUGACUCCAGAUCCCGGAGGGCAGAUCCAGAUCCCCGAUCGCCCGCUGAUGUUAACCCCGUGUUCCUCAGACCAAACCUCGGUGUGGUUUCCCUGCGAUGACGAGACCAUGGAGCCUGAAAGUGAAGCAAAGCUGGAGGAGAGCGCUUACACCUUCACAGCCGAGAAAACCCCGAAACACAUUUUCCUCUCUAAAACGGUGAUCCGUCCAGAGACGUGCACGCCGUGCGGUAAGAGGAUACGCUUUGGGAAGAUGGCGGUGAAGUGCAGAAACUGCCGUGUGGUUGCUCAUCCAGAGUGCAAACACAAACUCAGUGACGGCUGCUCCACCACCGCAGGACGUUCAGUCCAGCAGAACUCGUUGGACAGUUAUGCUCCACUGACCCACCCCCGAGUGCCGAGGCUGAUUGUCGAGUGUGUGGCUGAGAUCGAGAGGAGGGGCCUGGACGAGAGAGGACUGUACCGGGUUCCUGGAGGGGAGCGUCUGGUGAGGGAGCUCAGAGACCGCUUCAUCCAGGGCAAAGCUCCGCCCACGCUCAGUAAAGUUCAAGAUGUCCACGUGCUUUGUGGUCUUCUCAAAGAUUUCCUGAGAAGACUGAAGGAGCCGCUGGUCACCUUCAGACUGCACAGGACCUUCAUGGAUGCGUCAGAGCUGGCGGAUGAAGACAACAGCGCUGCCGUCUUGUAUCAGGCCAUCGCAGAACUCCCAAAGUCCCACAGAGACACUCUGGCCUUUCUCAUGCUUCACUUACACAAGGUGAUGAGGAGUCCUCAGUGUCAGAUGGACCAGAAUAAUUUGGCCCGGGUGUUUGGACCGACCAUAGUGGGACACGGGAUGUCUGAGCCGUCUCCAACUACCAUCAUGAGGGACACAAACACUCAGCCAAAGGUUGUCUGCUGCCUGUUGUCCCUUCCUGAAGCUUACUGGAGACGUGUCCUUACCAUGCAGAUGGCUCAAACCUUGUCCUCCAACACUGUGACCUACAGCCAGGAGGAUGGACAUGGACGGUUGUUUAAACCGUUGACGUCUCCAGAGUUGAACAGCUACUAUAAAACUGUGAGCAGAGGAUCCGUGAGGGGCCGGAUUAGGAACCUGGGCAAUGCUCUUGCCAACACUGGUCAAGGAGAGCCGGGGAGGAGGUUCUUCACUUCACCCAGCUGAUCCAUCACCUGCUUACCUGGACCGCAGACAGUAUGUACCGAUCCUGUUUGAUCCCAAACACACAUUCAGAGCCACAAUUCAGUGACUCAUCAGUGCACAUCUUCAGCAUGCAGGGACGACAAACUGCUCAAACUGGUCUGCCUGACCAUUAACAGACGUCUGAACAGAAGCACCAAUCAGAGGACAGCGUCCUCACGCCGAUCAUGUCUGAGCCCAUACACACUGGACUCACUCAGGUGUUUCUGGACUCACUGAAGGGUUUCUGGACUCACUCAGGUGUUUCUGGACUCACUGAAGGGUUUCUGGACUCACUGAAGGGUUUCUGGACUCACUGAAGGGUUUCUGGUUUUUGAUGUAAGGUGUGUGAAGUGAAAGCAGGGCGCUUGUUAGAAAGUUGAAAUAAAUGGGUGAAUAAAAGAGAGAAAUAUUUCCAGAGUUUUGUGAUGCAGUUAAUCUGGCAGCGUGCCGGCGGCGGC